AUGACUUCUGUUAAGUUUGCACGGUUUGCAGUAACGGUAAAUGAGCAAGAUAGAAAUGCUUUGAUGGAAUUCGUUCUAAAAAGAGGAGGAAAUAUCACAGAGUGCUUUGAACCACGAGAAGAAACGCGCGAAACCCCAGGUAAAGCGUAGGAAUCUUCGGCUUCUCAGAAAAAUGGUGAAGGUGGGUAUCAUCUAAACGUUCUACACAACGUGACAUGGAUAAUUCUUAAGAAUCACUAUUCCGUAAUCUUUCCAUUAAUUUCUAGAAAACCAAAGCAUCACAACAAGACCCCCAAAAGAUAUAGCAAAUGAUAUGAAUGCUUGGCUACAUAAGAAUGGCGUGUGUCAGUCAUUGUUUGCCGGCAAAGUACUCGGCCGGAAACAAUCCACACUGUCUGAUGCGUUGAGAAUGCCACCAGCAGAGCUCCCAAAGGGUCAGGGAAAAUUUUUAUGGGAAAAGAUGGAAAAGUUCCUACAAGAUAAGAGCAGGUAGGAACAGCUCAUCGCCCUGACAAAAGGUACGUGGUUUAAAGGUCUAUGCAAUUCAUGUUAAUCGAUUUCGAAAAUAUAGCCAUGUAGAAGGAUAAAACCGUGGGCCAGGAAUUAAACCUUAAAGUAAUUAAGGCCACGUUUCUUGGAAGUUCAGGUCGUCGAAACUGAACUAAGACUUAUCUUGUUGCCAGGAAAACGAAAGUCAAAUGAAAAUGCAGCUUCAGCAUCGUCGAAGAAAAGAGUGGUAUUUAAAGAGUAUCAGUUGUCUGGAUUGAGGCAAGCCUUUCAAGGAACUAAUGGCCAUGCAAGCCCAGAGUUGACAGAAAAAUUGGCCGAGACUCUAGACGUGGACGCAAAACAAGUAAGACUAAUGAGUUUACAACUCUAUGUAUAAUCAUUUCCUUAAAAAAGGUGUAUUUAGUUUAUUUUAUCACAUAUCAUUGAUGAUAAUUUUAUCGAUAACUAUACUAUUUAAUUAUAAUUAUGCAAUAGCCUUCUACGCAGGCUGAUAUGAUCUGAUUGCGUGAUAGCCUCCUACGCAGACGUUCUUAGGACUCGUCACGCGUUUCUCCCCCACGUGGGGGAGAAAACUUGUGACGAGCCCUAAGAACGUCUGCGUAGGAGGCUAAUCGCGUGACGAGCUCAAAGAGGUGUCUGCGUAGGAGGCUACUCAUGCAAAUACGUUUGAAUCAUUCCUUAUAUUGAUCACUUCUUGUUCCCCAUAUUUCUUAGGUUAAAACCUGGUUUCAAAACCAACGGAACAAAGCAAAAAGAGAAUAUUAA